AUGGCGCAACCGUCAGAAUACAAUGGACCACUGAAAAACCGGCUGUCAUCUCUUCCUGGUGAGCUUCAACUCCAUAUUGCGAAGCAUCUCGACUAUUCUGAUCUCGGCCGCGCCCGUGGAGCAUCGCGGGCGUUGAGCCGGUGCUUCGCCGACCCUGCGGCUCGACUGGCUGACGAAAUGUCAAGGGCUUUCUUUGAAUUCGGAAACAACUUUCAAGACCGCUACUACGUGGGUGCCAAUAUGUUGCUCCUCGGUAAGACCAUCCGCGGCAGGAGCAUUCAGCAACAAGUGUGGGAACAUGCCAUGGCGUGUGGCUUUUCGACGACGCUCUGUCGGUGGCUUGUGCAUCCCGAUCACUUCCACUUCCCUUGUUCCAAGUGUCGUGUCGUGAGACCAUGGGUUGAAUUUCCCUCGGACAGCUUGCGUCGCAUGUACCCUUUCUACCCUUUCAGGCCAUACGAUGGAGGGCCUUUGGAAACCCAGCGAGAUUACAAAGGCCUGCUGGACCCUAUGCCCCACGAAUGCCAUUACCUUGGGAUGAACCGCAGAAUGAGUUCAAUCAUUCAAUGUCGCAGAUGUCUCACCAUCAAACGGGGUCCCGGCAGUCCGUCUUUCAGGCUUCGCUUCUCUGGACUCUGUCAACACUGUUACGAGGUGGUGCACCAGGACUGGUUUACGUACAAGAACUUCUUGCAGGACUGCGUGGCAACGAUGGACGCCUACGAGAAGGGGGAAUUGUUGACUUGGAGAGGAUUGCCUGGUUGCUCUGUGCCCGCUCAUUUCAUUGCAGCGCUGAACACCCCAUACUAUCGACCCCUGCCCGCCUACUCACCGUUCAUCUUCGACCAACCCUAUUUCAGGGCAGCCGGAGCUCAGCUUCAGGAGCGUGCACAGAGAUAG